AUGCUGGGCUUCACAGACGUCAGGAAGAGAGGACGGGGCGUACUGAUACCUCAUUAUGCCAAGAUGCUCACGGCUCCGCCACUGGCAAGGGGCGACUUUGGCAUUCAACAGCUUGCGUUAUACGAAGUAUCGUCAAGUCGGGCGGAGGCAAACAGCAAGACAAGUGGGAAACCGCCUGGUCGGGAGUUUGAGGGGCGGAGAGGGCCAACCUGCGUAGCUGUUACGCCAGAAAUCCAGACAGUGAGGUUGGUGAUGGUCUUCUCUACCCACCAUCCUCUCUGGCUGUGGUUCUGCAACCGCUACCUCCUAUUUCAACCAUCCCUCAAGCGCCUGAAAGAACCAUCCACCAAUUAUAAACAUGCCGGAUGGGUGCGAACGCCUGCAGUGGGGAGGGGUGUCCCCGCUACCAGUUCAACCGAACGAACUGACGAUCAUUCAUAUCCAUUGCGGCAUGCAUGCAAGUCGCCUUACCCAGCAAAAACAUCCGAGAUAUGCGUCAUUUACAACCAGGCAGACCAGGCAGCGGGCCGCAAGGCCCUCGUGUUAUAA